CAAACUAAAUUCUUCCUCAAAACUCUUAAAAUAUCCCUUUCUCUGUAAAGUUCAUCGAGACCCCCCUUAUCCCCUACUCUCUCUUUCUCUCUCUCUCUCUACCCGAAAAGUCAGUGCCAAUCACCCCAACCGCCGCCGGUUUAUGACAAUCAACCCUAAUCCUUGGGCGUCACCGGUGGGUUGAACCACAGCGGAGGAAGGUGGGAAGUCCGCCCCAUCUCACUAGUGGGACGGAAUCGAUCUCCACCGCUAACUAACUGAUGGAAGUUUUGCUCGGUCCUCCAACCUUCAGCAUCGAGGUUCCGCCGCCCUCGGCCUUCUCCGGCGUAUCUCUUCCGUCGGAGAAUCCUUCCGCCGCCGAGGCUCAGAACCUAGCCCGGUCGGGUUUUCUCCGCUCUGGAUCUGGUAGCUCGAUUGGGGAAAAUUCGUCGGAGAGUUCGUCGUCGAUUGGAGUACCUGACGGCGAUUCCGAUGACGAUGGAGGUGGUGAUGAGGUGCAGAGCAAGCCAAAGGAAGGAGGAUUGUGCGGAUUAGAGUCUCUGGAAAAAGCUCUUCCGAUUAAAAGGGGAUUAUCGAGCCAUUUCUCAGGGAAAUCGAAGUCGUUUGCGAAUCUAUCAGAGGUGAUUCAAGUGAAAGAUUUAGAGAAGCCAGAGAACCCUUUCAACAAGAGAAGACGGAUUUUAAUGGCGUCGAAAUGGUCAAGAAAGAAAGCUUCGUUCUACAACUGGCCAAACCCUAAAUCGAUGCCUUUGUUAGCUCUGAACGAAAAUGAUGAACAAAAACAAGAAGAAGAUGGUAAAGACUCCGGUGAGGAAUCCGAUGAAGAAGAUGAAGGUAAAGGAGGAAGAAGACGAAACCUAGGGCAAAGAUUCCAUGAUGGGAAACUCGUUAAUGGCUUCAAAUUCAAAAGCUGUUUUGAUCUGCAAGAAUGUGAACAACAACAAUGAAAAUGAAAAUGAAAAUGAAAAAUCUUCAAGCCCUCUUUGUUCUUCACUUUUUAAAGCUUUGUUUAUCUGAACAAAAAAGGAAGGCAACCAAAAAAAUUUAUUUUUUUCUUUUUUCAAUUUUAUUUUAUUUUUUAUGUUUAAUGAGUCCAUGUAGAUAAAUUAACAAUAUAGGUUCUAUAUGAUUAUCUAAUUAGAUAUGUAUAUGUAUUGUAUUAUAUUGCUGGUUUAUGAUAUGAAUGUUUGAUGGA